AUGUCUUUCCUUCCAUUUGGCGGUGGUGGCGGUUCUUCACAAGAAAUAAAUCAACAAAAUGUUGCUAUGGUAGAACAAGAGUAUGAAGCCGUAACUGAAACAUUUUAUAGAAUUGUGGAUUCUUGUUAUAAAAAAUGUAUCCCUCCAAAAUAUAUCGAAGGUGAAUUAAAUAAAGGUGAAUCUGUUUGCAUUGAUAGAUGCUUUUCUAAAUACAUUGAAGUUACAACGAAAAUUGGUGAAGCUUUAGCUAAAAAAGGUCAAGAAUCUGGAAAGGGGGGUUUUGGUGUUUAA